CUUACCAAAACCUUUCAGGUCUCGAAAACCAAUUUGCCUCUUCUCUGAUCUCUCUGCACUACUGAUUCGUUGACCCUUUUGUCGCGUCUCUUCCCUCCUUGUGAAUAUUCAUCGGAACCCCUUCAAGGAUUCACGACGAAUACAAAAAAAACACUCUCAAUCUCAUUUCCUCUCAAUAAAGCCACACUCUCUCUCCCAAUCCCUCAGAAUCUUCACACAUCUCGAAGAGAUGCCCCAAUUCAAGACCAUCAAGAAGAAAAUGUGGAUGUUUUAUCAGUAAUCUCUCUUCUUCACCCCCUGAUUGCUUUCUUUCGUUAUGGAGGGUAUGUACAAUACCAAAACAACCGUAGUCAGCACCACAACCACAAUCGUCUACAAAGCCGUCAAACAGCAGAACUUCCCUCUCCAAAUGCUCUCUUUCUGGUUCGCCCCCACCACCCGCCCUCCCGGAAUUUUCUCCUGACUCCUCCACUUCCGACCCUUAAAUAUUAACUUGAUUCACUCAAAUUUGAUUUCUUUACAUGGCUGCUUACUUACAAAACCCGAGUUCUAAUAAUGUGUCGUCGGGCUAUUUUAAGUCGUUGGAUCCGUUUUCGCGCGAUUUGGGGGGUUGUAGCAAGGUUUUGCCUGGUGGGUCAUUGAUGGGAUCUCAGUCGUUGGUGUUGGAUAACGAGAGAGGAGAGCUCGUGAAGGCCCCACCCGGAGCGGGGAAGAAGGAAAUGUCAGAAGCCAAGACUUUAGCGGCUUUAAAGAGUCAUAGCGAGGCAGAGAGGAGGAGGAGAGAGAGGAUCAAUGCCCAUCUCGCUACACUUCGUGGUCUUGUGCCGUCCAGAGGAAAGAUGGAUAAAGCCACGUUGCUUGCUGAAGUCAUUAGCCAAGUGAAAGAACUGAAGAAGAAUGCGUUGGAUGCCGCCAAAGGGCUUCUCAUUCCUAUGGAUGAUGAUGAAGUGAAUGUUGAACCAUAUAAUGAUGGAUCAGAAGAUGGAACCUUGUUUUUUAGGGCAUCUCUCUGCUGUGAUUAUCGACCUGACCUCCUGUCUGAUCUUAGACAAGCUCUUGAUGCCCUUCACAUGAAGAUGGUGAAGUCCGAAGUUUCAACCUUGGCAGGUCGGUUGAAGAAUUCAUUCAUUUUCACAACUUGCACAGAAAAGAAUGUCGACGAUGCUGAGACAAAACAACUCGUGAGUUCGGUUCACCAAGCCUUGAAUUCUGUACUGGAUAAAGGCUCUUCCUCACCUGAAUACUCUCCAAGAACAACUCUGCCAAACAAGAGAAGGAGGAUCUCUUUCUUUGAUUCCUCCAGCUCAUCCUUAUGAGAACUAAGUUGUGUCAACGGUUUCGAUAUCCCAGAUGGUGACCGUCUCUUCUUGUGCAGACAUAUAUGUGUGUGGAGAAGUUGGACCACCUGUAACCCUCGUACAUAUAUUGGCGUACAGAACGGGGAUUGAAAUAUGCUGCUGAAUUGGAGUCGUAAAUAAUUAGGGCAUAAACAAAUGCAUACAAAUGUUGAUAUAAGUUUUGUACAAGUAUUGUAUUUUUCAUGCAUGUGUGUUGGUAUAGCUCAGGAACUGAUGAGCAAGUUUAUGUAUUGUAUUCUGUUGAUGCUAUAUAUAUAUAUUUGAAAUCAGGGUGUG